ACUUCAUACAGGUGUGAUCACGUCAAGGUGGUCGGAUUCUCCUCCUGCUCUUCUCUUUUUUUUUUUCCUGUCUCGCUACGUGUGAUUUAUGAGGCUUUUGUGAUUGUGAGUGCGUGCGUGUGUGUCUGUGAUCCAUACAGCACAUCUAGAAGGGGCCGGAAAUAUGGUCAUGAGUAGAAUGCUCCCGCUGGAGUGUAUGGGACCCAUAGACCAGAGCAAACCUCCUCGGUUCUUCUUUCAUAUGCCUCGUGUAGUCCCCAAUCAGAAGAACCGUUUCGAGUCCGACGAUUUGUUCAAGAAACUCAGCAGGGAGUCCGAAGUGAGAUACACCGGUUAUCACGAUCGCCCUAUCGAGGAGAGACGAGCUCGAUUCCAAGCCGGUUGCCGGGACGGCCAUGCAGAAAUCGCAUUCCUGGGGACGGGGAUCAACCUGCAGUUGUUCUUCGGUCCGCUGUCGAACGGGUACACGGGGACCGAUCCCACGCACCCACCCCCGGAUUUCGAGAGCCAGCCCGGCAAGGUGCAUUUGAUCUCGCACUUCAUCUUGAAUGGAGUCUGUGUCCGAUGGAGAGGAGUGGUCGACCUGGAUCGUCUGGACGGGACGGGGUGCUUGGAGUUCGACGAGCCCACCGCUCAGCUAGAGGAAGCCUUACUCAAGGAAGAGAUCCAGCAAUACAACCAAAGAAUGCAGAGCUUCGAAGAGAGAUUCCAUCCGGGCCUCAUCGAGCAAGACAGGUUUGGCGAACAGAGCUGACUUCACCGACAGACAUAAUUCUAUGGAAGUGAGACUUGUGGUGUCAAGCAAGAGUGGAAUGGUGAAUGGGACAGGGUCCACAACGGCCAGGGGGAGGAUUGUAUCUCAACUUUCACGCCCAUUCCCCUCUCAUCUACACCACUCUUACCUGCUCCGUACGCUUAAUCGGAGAUUUAUGAGCACUUGUGCAAUAUCCAUAUAGUGUCCCGAUGUGAUUUUCCCAUGUCAGAUAUGGAAGAAUAAAAAAAAAGUGGG